UGAUAUUUAUGGUCUAAGGAUGAGCACUCUCUGUUGCUCUUCAAUUUAGGGCUUAUCUUUUAAUUCGAUCUUGGAGAUUGCGGAACUCAUUUCAAUUUAUAAGAUUUCUUUGCAGAAUCCGAUUUCAACGCGAAGAACUUCAAAUAGAGAAUCUUAACAUAAAAGAUACAUAAUUAUUAAUUAAUUGGUUGACGGAAACUGUAAUGUCGCAUGCAAGAGAACAUUAAGAAAGCAGUUCUAGGCACUAUACGGUUUAAAAUAAAAAUUCUCAGAAGAUCCAGCAUGAGGACCAAUUGUGACCGACUUGCGUUAUAACCUCAAAGCCGAUUUGAAAUAAAAUUCAUUCAAGGUUGACAGAUGCUAAACCACUUUUCAUUGAAGGAACAGUGUUUCGUCCAGUUAGACGUGAAACUGUGGAGUUAUACAGUUUAAUUUGUUAGUUAAACUUUUUAUACUGAUAUCUCUAUUUAACUCUGUUGUUAAAGUAUAGUUGCUUUUCCUCUUGCAUUAGGAGGAUCUGUUAACAACUAUUCUUGUCUUAAACGUGCAUUGAAACGUGUCUGAGAGUGAACACCUGUAUUGCUUUGUCAUCUUGAUCAUAAGAGCGUUGUAUUCAUUACCGUAGAAUGUCUUUUCUAAAUAAGGAAGAACGUCUUAAAUGUUGGGGGCAUCGAGAUGAAUACUGGCAAUGCUUAGAUCAAGGAAAGUCAGAUACAGAGUGUAAUGAACAUAGAAAACGAUAUGAACAAUUCUGCCCUUCACAGUGGGUAAAGCAUUUUGAUCGAAAGCGAGAGUACCUAAAAUUCAGGGAACAGAUAGAAAAACAAGGGGAUAGUAAUUCAGAUGGUAUGAAACUAUGUCAAGAUUCAGAAGUUUCUGUCAAAAUCCCUUCACAGAAGCGGCACGCCAUUGCGUUCCGUGUAAAGCAUAAAGAUCCUACCAACUGAAUGCAAUAUGACAAUGAGGACUUUUUUGUGCAAAUGAACACGGACUACAAGCAGUUUCCAUGUAUUAACCAAGAGU